AACCUAGAUGUUUUUCUACAUUGAUGGGCAUGGUCGGAUCGUGUCACCGAGGAGACUCAGCUAAAACAACACGGAAAUCUAGCUAAGAAGUAGAGUUUCGACAAAAGGCACAUGAUUUAGCGGAAAAGGCAAGUGAACACCAAAAUGACGCCAUACAGUUUCAUCUUACGGUCAGUGUGUCUAACGAAUCAAUUAGUCCUCUUCAUUAAGGGAUAAGUCUAUAGCAUACGUCGUUACAAACGUUUCGGGAAGGUUUUAAGCGUGGAUUUCCGAUGUGUUAGUUUUCGGUGGCGAGUGGAGGAGUGUAAACGUGAAGACCAAAGUGUUAUGGUCACGGAAUCGAAGAAGUAAUCUGCUGCACGGAGGUCUGCAAAGAGGCGAUUAAAAUACCACGGAUUAUCGAGGAUACAAACACAAAUCGGGUUAUUUACACGUCUUAUUUAAUUACUAAAAGUUAUGGACUUUGAAGCCGCAAGAAGAAAUGCAGACGAUAGACUUACUCAGGAGCUCACCAGGAUCCGCAACCUUCCUAAGCGAAGCAAAAUCAAAAUAGCUAACAAAUACGGCUUGAAACAUGCGAGUCACACAAAUGCAGGUCUGCUGAAAUCACUGGAGAUUGACUUAAAUGUUAUAUCAAGAGAACAGAGAAGAGUAGCGAAUGAAUGCAAUAAAAGACAGAGAGAAUUCACGGAAGUUCAAAGGAAAUCUUUGUCAAAGUUUCUUCCUUCCAUUGCACAGGAAGAUGGGGGAGAAAGGAAAUCAACCGUACAAGGAAAGACUCAAAGACAACGAAAGACCACAACUGUUAUUGAUCAGACACCCAUGUGGUUGAAAGGUCGAAAGGAGUCCAUCUGUGAACUGAAAAGAGAAAUGCUUCUGGAUAUGACGGCACGAAGCAAAGAGAAGACAUAUCAGAUUAUUUCGAAGAACAACAAAAAGACUUCCAUCGGAGCACCGUUGCCCCCGAUUCGGGAUAUUGAAGUCGAGGUUGAUAGGGAAGCUUUGAUUACUCGAUUGAAUCGUCAACGCAAAAAUGCUUUUGCAGGAAGUUGUUUUCCAUUUUUGCUGGCAGAAAACCAGGAAUAUAACAGAGAGGGAGUUAAAUAUCCAAGAAAAAAGCCUUAUCAAGAUCAACGAGAACCGUGUUUGCCAUCAAACUACGCUCAGGAUAAUGAACAAGACGAUUUUCGAAAAAGAACGUUUAGAGGAACAGUUUAUGAAAAGAUUCUUAAGAUUCCUGAUCCUUCUAAGAUUCCUCAUUUAGAUCCUAGAGAUCCUAAACUUUAUCAUGUCGUCAUGAAAGCGCGAAAAAGAAAGGUAUCCAAGUUGGAACAAGCUGAUCAUGUUGUAGCUCGCAAAAACACCGUGUCCACGAGGCACUGGAAAUGAUGACGACGAUUUCUACAGCCAAAAUGGUUUUUUAUUGAGUCAAUUGAAUAUUAACACGACAUAUCUGCUCUAUUUUGCUUAAAGUUACACGCGGCUGGAAAAUCAAUUAUUCAAGGAUUUAGCCUCAGUGUUUGUUUUACGAGGAAGUCGUUCACGGUUUGUUUGGAUAGUCUGCAAGGGCGCCAAAGAAAUGAAAGGACAUCCGUUUUUAACAUUGAA